GUACGUACGUGAAUCACAUUUAAUUAUGUGGCAGCACACAGGAGAUUGGUUUCUGAGUAUAAAUAAAGGUAACCAAUCUCCCCAAUAUGCUCACCCAACUGCUAUCUAUCCGUUUAAUUUGUCUUUAGCUCAAUUCUUUGCCAACAUUAAUGGAAGACAUUUCGAGUGGUACGAUCGAAGAGGAAUGGACUUAUAAUCAGGAAAGGAAGGUCAUCAAGAGAGAGUUAUUCAGAAUGGCAAUGGAAGGCAAAUGGGAUGAAGUUGCCGAGCUGUAUGAACAAGACGAAUGGGCUCAAACGGCCAAAAUCACCAAUUCAGGAGACACAGCAUUACACAUAGCUGUCUCCGUUGGCAAAGAAGAUAACGUCAGACAGCUUAUACAAUCAAUUUGGGAUCCAUCCCGACUCAGACAGGUUCUUGAGACUCGGAACGACCGAGGGAAUACUCCGCUCCAUUCAGCUGCAUCAAUGGGGAAUGUUGCCAUGUGUCAAUGCAUUGCAACAGUUUAUCCAGAGUUGGUGGUUGCUACUAAUAAUAACCAGGAGACCCCUCUUUUCAUGGCAGCACUGCAUGGUGAAAAAGCAGCUUUCUUUUAUCUUCACUAUGUCUGUAUCAAUGCGAAAAUGGAUGGCUAUCAAUUUCCCAGGAGGAAGAAUGGUGACACCAUCCUUCAUUGUGCCAUUGCUGGGGACUACUUCGAUUUGGCAUUUCACAUAAUUAAAUUUUAUCCGGAACUGGCGAGCCUUGUCAAUGAAGAAGGACUCACUCCUCUCCAUCUACUAGCGAGCAAUCCUUCAGCUUUUAGAAGCGGUAGCCACCUUGCAGGAUACUACAAAAUCAUUUAUUACUGCAUAUUGGUUGAUCAACUCGAGGAGGAAACAUUCGACUACCAGCCAGAGAGAACCGAUGAAAAGAAUCUGAAUCCAGAGACGUACAGAGCUUGCAACGACUUGUUGCAAUUGUUUUGGAGAAUGGUUCUAGGUGUGACAGGGAAAAACAGGAAUGGAGAGGAAACAGAGAAAAAGACUGAAAGAAAAGGUAGAGAGAAAACAGAUGCAGAGAACCCUGAACCAAACGCAGGAAGUCCAGGGAUAGGGGUUGAAAAAAACUUUUGGCUGGAACCAUAUGGUAACCAGCUAAUGCGAACAAGAGAUAGUCCAGGGAAGAAAAAGACUCCGGCUUAUCCAGAGAACUACAGAACCUGCAACGACUUCUUCAAAUUGUUGUGGAAAAUGGUUCUAGUUGUCGCAGGCAUAAAUAGAGGAAAAACAGAUGCGGAGAACACUGAAGUACCAAAGGCAAGAAGACAUGGAACUGGUGAGGUAUUUCCAGCUAAUUAUAGCACCUGCAUUGAAUUUGUCAAGCUUGCGAACAAGGCAAUGCUGAUGUUUCUUGGAUUAGGAAUUACCACGAUAACAAAGAUAAAGAGCAACAAACAGAAGCACACAUGGGCUGUUCAAAUCUUGAACGAACUUCUAGCACUUCAUUCCACAUAUGAAGAUACUUCCACAUCUGGGGAUCGACCGCGCGAGCCUGCACAAUCCCGAACAAAGGAAUUAGAAGAAACAAGGCCUUACGAUCUUGACGAACCCAGUAGUGUAAUUCCGUCCACUGAUUCUAUAAAGGCUUCGGAAAUUGACGGGAUGGAGAAAACCCUUAAAAUGGCGAAAAUGAUCUUACUAAUUGAUUCUAAAAGUGGCAUCAACGAUAUUGUGAAGAAAGUACAACAACUUUUUCCGAUUUCCAUACAAGAUAGGAAUGCUGAGAACAAGAAUCUAAUGAUGCUCGUAGAUCAGCCUCAGGAUAAACCUCCUGAAAUGCCAGAGAAAGAGACUCCAAUAUUACUUGCAGCCAAGAAUGGUAUCACUGAAAUUGUGGAAAGAAUCUUAGAUGUCUGUCCAAUUGCCAUUAAUGACUUGAAUGCAGAUAAUAAGAAUAUAGUAUUGUUAGCGGUGGAGUAUAGGCAACCAAAGGUAUAUGAACUCUUGCGACGACGAAAUAUCUCGAAAGAGAGCAUGUUUCGACAAUUGGAUAAGGAAGAGAAUAGUGCCCUGCAUCUUGCGGCAAAGCUUGGAGACAAACAGCCAUGGCGAAUUCCCGGGGAAGCAUUGCAAAUGCAAUGGGAAAACAAGUGGUAUGAGUAUGUCAGGGAUUCCAUGCCCCACAACUUUUUCCCCCGCUACAACAAGGAGGGCAAGACCCCAGGCGACUUAUUCACUGAAACCCACAAAGACCUUGUAGAGAAUGGUAGCAAGUGGCUAACAAACACUUCUCAAUCCUGUUCCGUCGUAGCUGCACUCAUCGCCACAGUGGCCUUUACUGCCUCCACCACGGUCCCCGGAGGCUUCGAGAGUACUGGCAUUCCAGCGCUCGAAAACAAGCCUGGUUUUGACCUCUUCGUGGUCUCAUCACUCGUAGCUCUCUGCUUCUCGAUCACGGCCCUAGUCAUGUUCCUCGCCAUCUUAACAUCACGAUACCAAGAGAGAGAUUUUGGCAGCAACUUACCUAGGAAGCUCUUGAUGGGUUUAUCAUCUUUGUUCGUGUCCAUAGCCGCGAUGCUAAUUUCAUUUUGUGGGGGCCAUUUCUUUGUGCUGAAGGAGGAGCUAAAAUUUGCGGCGAUUCCAGUGUAUGCAGUGACAUGCCUACCGGUAACGUUUUUUGCUGUGGCGCAGUUUCCUCUUUAUAUUGAUCUUUUACGGUCUACCUUAUCGAAGGUGCCACAACGAAGCCACAAGGUCGAUCCCUGACAUUUUUAAUUCCAUUUGUAUGUUCGGAUGCUACAUCUUUAGCUCCUUGGCGGAACCAGCAAUUGUUUGGAG